CUGUACUACCGGUACGUAUCCGCAUGCCGCGAUGUCAACAAACAAAAUCGAAACGAAUUUUACCUGCACAACCCGCAGAAGACCAUCUUUGCCCAGGCCAAGCGAAGAAAGAUCAACGGACCAGAACAUCAAAAGUAUUUUUUCAAUGAUGACAACAAUUUGCAAGAGACUCUCAGUCCUCUCCUUACUCCUCGCGAUCACAUGGUCGACUACGUCGGGAUUCUCGACUGUAACGUCAAGUAGCCAUCGUGUCGCGACGACGAGUAUAUCGGUGGCUACAGAGGCUUCGAACGAUUUUGGAUCCGCUAUGCCCGAGGACGUUGAUCCCCAUGAUAUUAUCGGUGUCAAACCCGAACUUCUUGCGAUUGGCAUCAAUGCCACCGAAUUUUUGGAAUGGAUCGGAACGUGAGUUUGAAAGAAUAUUCUUGAAUUCCAGUACAGCGUUUCGACAAUCGAGAAUGCCAGAAAUCCACCGUAGUUUCGUUCUUGUCUUAUUUAAUAUUUUCUUUGUCCUCUACGUACCGGUAUAUCGAAUUAAUACCAAUCGGUGUAAAGAAAAGAGGAUUUGAUGGAAAAAUUGCAGGCCGAUUUCAAGUCCUACAAUUCAGAGCGAGUCGAAGAAGAAGCCGACAAAUUUAUGAUGGAUGCUGAAAAUGUUAAUAUGUACAUCAAGUAUCUGAAGGAUAGGAAGGCAAACCCAGCAAAAUAUGCAAACGAAGCCUUGGAAGCUGAGUUGUCCUUGUAAGUGUGUGCGUUGUAGUUUUUUAAUUUCAUCUUGUCAUUGUCAUUCUUGUUCCAGUAUCUUAUUUUGUACCUUAUUUUUCCUCGACUUCGUAAAUAGAUCCAACCCGAAGACAGCAGCUACAUAUGCGGCAUGGCUGAUUGGUGGUGUAUCCUUCGGUGUUCUCAGGGAAAAAUAUAUCGAUCCAAAGUUGGCAUCGGGAGAGUGGAAGGGUAUCACACUCGACUUGCCAUUCCUGCACAAAGCUGACGCAGCUGCUGAGGCCGCAAGCACUCUUACAUCGAAGGCAAAUAUUAUUGUAGAAGGAAUCGCAAACAUCAACGAUUCUGUUGAUUUAUUGGGUUAAUAAUCGUCGCUGCACUACUCAUGAACCUCGAAGUGAAUAUUUGCGACUUCGAUUUGAGUUUACACCGCUCAGAUUGUCGUGGGCGAUUUGUUGAAUGCAUUGAUUAGCAAUUCUUGAGACGAUUGGCAUUGAUGCUGUCCCUACAAUACUUGGCAGAAUCCUGGUUCGGUUCACGUCCCAUUCUCUCGGGAAUAAUAACAGCGAGACAGAAGCUAUGACGCAGAACAGUAUUUUUCUUGAAUGGGCUCCUGUAAUCAUCAGGAACGAAACCCAUUAUCUUAUCUCUCAGAGGUAUUUACUAGUGCCGUCGUAGAACGGAAUUAGAGCUAUUAUAUCUACAUCAAACA